AUCAAAUCCACCACCUCGCGCCCCCUAGAGGUGGUCCUUGUUCCGCGCCGUCGGCAGGAGACGCUUUCGUGGUGCCGGAGCAUCUUCAGCAGCCGCCCGCGCACCUUCUUCAGAGCAGUUUUGACCUGGCGCAUUCCAGAUUCGAUAUUCCACGUCCUGCAAGCGGAAUGGGCAACAUCACCGUUGCUCCAUCGUCCGCAAAUGACGCUGCGAACACAGCACUCAUGACCGCUCAUCCGAAUGCGGUUGCAGCUUCUCCAUUGCACGACCCGAACAACCAUUCGGGGCACCACCAAUAUCUCCCAGUUACGGGCCUGGCGCACCAGCAGAAUUCGCAGCAGUAUAAUCCGCUACCGGCAUACGAUGCGAACAUGAAUACCACCGCUGCGUUGAACGCGAUUGCAACUCCCCGGGCGGCUCCACCUUCUGCCCCAGGUGGAGCAGGAGCAGGAGCAGCUCCACCUCCGCCCCAGCACGACAUGUUGCUGCAAGGCUCGAGUGUGCACUAUUUGAUGGAGUGUCUGUUUUCGGUGAAAGGAGACCAAGUCCUCGAAAAUAAGUCGGCUACGCUGGGCACGACAAGCUGCAGACCACCAGGAGCGCAGGAACUACACCACUGCCUACUUCCGUGGGACCACUUCUCGGAGACUUUCAAACGGUGGAACGCGAACCAGGAACGUAAUUUGGAUUUGCUACCCCCCGAGCAUUACUUGCAGGACUGCGCUGCGUUUCGAUGGGCGGCUUUAGGUAACGAAGUCGAGGAGAGCGACACUGCACUAGGAGGUGGUGACGACGAAGGGGUUCCUGCUCGUCUGGAUCAUGUCCUCGACGAGUCCGCUCCCAUUGACCACCUCGUCCCGUGGUCUUGUUCCUUAUCUGGGUCGUGUAGUUCUACUUCCGAGCAGACCAGCCGGAGCCGGCGCAUGACGUCAAAUGGAAAUGCACCGAUCCCAUUUCCGCCGGGUCUCUUCGAAAGUGACCAAGAUCUGAUGGACGGCGCAACCCCGCCCCAUGUGCUCUCUAACAUGUCGUCGAAAACAAGACGGCCACAGGUUCUGGUGCUGCAGAACGCGAUUUCUGAGGAGGCCAGAAAGUUCCAGGAGCUGGCGCCAGAGAAGAAAAACUGUGCUGCACUGAAGAUGCUGCAACAGGUGCACACCGUCCAGGACUUGUAUUACCUGCAACGCGUGCUCAUUGGGAAGCCAACUACCUGGAACUACGCGGAGGAACUGGAAAAGAUGCGGGCUCGCGAACAAGAACUCGACGGCGCUCCGGAGGGGGUCGUGGCAGCUCGUACAUUUUUCGUGCCGGAAAUGCCAGUGCCAUUCACCCUCCCCCCCGGCGCUCCACGACCAAUCACGGAACACCAGAAGCAAAGCCAAAGCUUUCACUUUCGGAAUGCGCAGCAAAACUUCGACGAUCCAAUUUUGGACGGUAACGUCGUGUCGGAGAAAAAGACAACGUCUCGUGAUGCCCCCGUGGUCGUGGAAACAACGUUUUUGAACGACGAGAUUCAGCUGCCGCCAAGAAGAAGCGCGAGUAUUACUACUUAAAUUGAAUUCUGAUAUUUGUUCUCAUAGCGUUCUUUCUUUCAACAUCACAUCAAAUAGAGAUACUGCUAUACCAUAUGAUGAUGCGCUGGAGUUGUAGUUCAACUUUGUGCAAGCAACUACAGCAAAGCAUCAUACAUUUUCAGAACAAUUGAUAUUGAAUCAGCAUCAGACCAAGACACUUCCUUAUCGAGUUCGAGACCUGAUGAAGCGAUAUCGAAUGGUGUACCAAAGUCUGCUUCUGAAAACAGGUUGUGAUGAACAUCCGGACCGUCUUCAGGAGUUGCAAGAGAAUUUUCAAAGCGAGUCUGAGAAUGAUUUCGAAGACGACGAAGAUGAGGAUUCCUCUCGGAGCCCUCGGAGCAGCAACAAUUUGUGGAAUAUGUUGCUAAACGAAACCUCGCCGACAGCUGUUUCGAACGAACUGAAGAGGUAUUUUCAUUGUACUUAGUUACUUUUUGUAUAAGAUGAAAGUUUGUGUCAAUCCUAAUUAUGUCGUAUGGGUAGAUUUUCUUCAUCUAGAUGCGCCUCGUUUUUGCCGUUAUUUACUACCUGUAGCUGGUACAACACGAACAUGUUUAGAUAGGUCCAGGUGUAUAACUCUGUUUUUUGCAAUAUCAUGGCUGAAGAAUGUUUUCUCGUACAGUCCUUUACUCACAUCAAAAAUCAACACAGAUCCCGGGCUCGGCAAGAGAAAGAGGCUGAUGAUGCAGCCGUGCGACGUUUCGCAGCCACAACAAGAAAACCCUCCACCAACGUCACGAAGAAGAAAAAGGCAAAGAAUGAGACCAGCCCGCCGGUUGGCUUGUCGCCCACCAGGCGAUGUGCCUCGACCUCGCGUGAUGGAGAAGGCGAUGCAAAGCAGGGCCCUGAUCUUGAACACAUCAAUCAUGACAAGCACCAUCUUCUUGCGCCUGCGCGGUUGUCCACCUCUCGCCCGGAAACGGCCUCAACUACGGGUUGCACAAAGGCUUACCUCGUUCAGAGCGGCCUGGCCGAGGAUGAAGGCACGACGUUGAGUGUCAAAGCGGGAAGCGGCGUCGUUGACAGCCCGACGCUACCUCGAAGAUACGGCGGAGCUUCCUCCGAGGAAACAGCGCCGCCCGCAGCUCCAGCAUCUGAAUCCGACGAAGAGGACGAACAACUCCCGAGUCACCCACUACACCUCGCAUUUUCGCCAGACGGGUCGUACAACGGUAAGAGCGGCCGCUGUGCGACGGGGACGACCGCAGGAGAAACUACUGUUGACGCGCUUCUUCAAGAAAAAACUUUUCCUUGCGACUGCAACACCGCGAGGACCUCGUCCCCCGCUGUCGCACCUAGUAACUCGGUACCAGAUGGAGCUGCUGCGCAACUGGUACCACAUGUUGAGGAUCAAGUUCUUGCACUACAAGAACUGCCUGUACAACUAGAAGAACUUGGGUCACCCGGCUCAACCACCACAUCCGGCGGCCCUGUGAGCAGCUUCACAUCCGAGGGCAUUGCACUGCCUCUUGCCGCCCAGAAGCGGCGAUCAUGCGAAGAACAUCAACCCGAGGUUGAAGCGAAGGCUCUGCUCCAGCUCAACUUCAUAGAAAAUGAUGAAAAUGCUCGCCAACAGCACGGCGUCUUAACUACUACGGCGGAAAUGAGUCCCCUGGAAGGAAUGAAAUCCGCUUGCUUCCCGUCUCCGCGCUCUCUGGAGGACAGGGACUUCUUCGAGUCCAAAAAUCUCUCGAAGUAUUACAGGGAAAAGUGCCCCCCACCCCUGAAAUUGCAAAAAUUUGUGAUGCUAAGUUUCCAAAUGAAAACGUUUUGUCAUGCAUGAAACAAGUAUGAAUCUUUCUGAUGCAGAGUCUAGUCGUGUAUCGCAUCGCUUGCAUGACAAGCGCCGCUCUUGCGCGGGUCUUUUGCAAUACAAAUCUUUGCCAUUCACGAUUGGAAACCUGUGAUGCUGAUAGAUGCAAGAGGGCGAAUGUUUCAUUUGGAAAGGUUUGCAAUACAAAUGCUCCCAAGUUCGGGGGUGGGGGCAUUUUUCAUUGUAAUACGAAGACUUUCGACUUUCAAAAGGAGGAGUUUGUCCGCUCCAACACCUUGACGAAGCAUGAUGUUGCGCGACGAAGAGGCGAAAUUAUUGGCGACGGAGAAGGGGAACGCGAGGACGCGAUCCUUGUUGUGGAUGAAAAUAAACACCCGUCGACACAACAGGCGGAGCCUGCGACUACAUUCAUAGUUGUACUACGCCAAGCAACUGCGGCUCCGUCGCUCGCAGAAGGCCCGUCAGCUUUGGACACAUCAAACGCGGAAGAUGUCGUGAGAAAAGGGCGCGGUUGUGGGAUACAACUUGUUCAGUGUGAGGACGACCUUCAACUUCAGCUGCAGGACGUGAGCUUGCCACAGUUGUUUCUUGAACGCGAGCAGGCCUUUGUGCAGGGACUGCGUUUACAUGCGAUGCCAAACUGGCGAGCGUAUUACGCAUUGCUAACCACGAGGAAAAAACCCGCAAAGGAAAAGAACCUCUUCGAGAAGAACCCUCUCGGCCACGAAAACUUCCCUCAUGAUGAACAUCGUCAGUCGUGUAGUGGUGCGGGCUAUUCGGUGGUAGAAAAAGAAACUAGUAUUGCUUGCGACACUUCUACAGGAAGUGGUCAAGCUCCUGCUGCUGCUGGACCUGGAAAAACCCAAAGCGUUGAGGAAAAAACCGAGCAGACCACUACAGCUGUAUUAAAAUCGAGCGCGACCACCUCUACAACUCCAGUCCCUUCGUCGUGUGAAGAAGAUUCAUCGUGCAACGAUGAGGAGUGUGAAAACGACCGCGCAUUUUAUCUGCUAGGGAAGCUGCAGAGCAUGGGCUGGCUUCCGUGCGCUCGACAGGAAGGCGAGCACAUAUGGGAGCUCCCGGGCGACUAUGCGCACGUGGAGCAUUCCUCUCGGGCCGCGCUCGUCACCCGGACAUACCUAGAGACGGGCGAAAAGGAGAUGGACCCGUCGGGGUGGAGCAAACUGAUGUACCUAGCAGCGGGGAGGGAUAUGCACGACCGUGCCUUUGCCGACAGUGACAUGGAGAUUUACGCGGAGCACGAGCUGGAUGUGAAGCGCUGCGAUAUCGAGCUGCAGUCAUCCGGGCUCCAUGAUCGUCACCUACUAAGGACCCCACUGUAAGAAAGCAUAAGCAGCAGCAUAAAUUUUUACUCAAUCAGUUUAAUGAUUUUCAAAAAUGGUUUUGGUUUAUCGCCUGUGCCUGUAGGCAUUCGCAUUUCAUUUUUCUCCUGUUGGACUCGAUUUAUCCCGCUCAAUAUCAGACGUCCUGUGUCGUGCAGUGAAGCAACAUCUCGGAGUUCUAGUUCCCCGAGGAAUAAGUGGCCUAGCUAGCAAAUGAUGAAAAAAGCACAGCUAAAACAGUGCAUCAUGAUGAUCCUUGAGGUUGAUACUUAUGUUGAUCGAUUGUAAACUAGACUUUUUCAUCUCAGGUGCAUUGCUGUGGAAGCGGAGAAUUACGUGAUGCUGAGGCUGCUGUUGGAGCGCAAGGCGAAUCCAUUACACGCAUUUCAUCCGCACCAAGAUUCCAACCUGCCCCGCAUGCAGCCCCUGCAGUAUGCCCGCAAAUACGGCCCUCGGCGUCUGGUCGAAUUUUUGCAAGACUAUGAGCAAACGCAAGCGUGGUCGGCGGGGGCCGAUACUAAGAACUCUGGCAGCAGAAAAAUGGAAGACCAGCAGAAUAAAGCCACUAGAGGAGCUCCUGGGCAAUUGCAGGAGCAAUCACUCGGCAAUCCGUGCACCGUGACCUGCAGUAGCGGUGAUGUGUUGGGUAAUGCACCACGACACGCCGCGUGGUCGACGCGUUGUCCAUGAAUAAUUAUAUUCGCAAUGCGCAACUCGGAGUCGGAAAAACAAAAACUUGUUAGUUCUUACUGCUGAUGAAUUGGAAAAAUACUCUGCCGACAUAGAGCAGUGUUAAUUCUUACGGUUGCGCUUGUUACAGAAAAGAAACUACAACCUUACGGUGACACGUACGCGAUUUCAAUCAAAAGAGCGUCUAUCUAAACUCUUUUCGUUUAUCUCACCAGUAAAGUGCUCCACCAGCUCGCUGCAGGUUCUUUGCAUUCUGCAGCGAUCGCGGGCGGGUUUCAUUCUGGUCGAAAAAAUAACAGUAUCAAUGGAACGCAACAAAUGAGCUACUGAACAAGCCGCCAUGACUUUAUUCUCUGCUGGUACCGCGCUCAGAUGGCGGUUGCCCUUCCAGAUACCAGCAUACAAAAGCAACCUCCAGGAGUGCUUUUCCACACGAAAAGGAAGCUAUUGGGAUUUUUAAAUUUUUGGAUAUUACGCCAGUCGUGUCUCUUUGUAUGAUUAAGAUCAUGAUAAACUCUAAAUUGAUUCAUUUUGUGGGGACGGAGCACCGCGUGAUGGUGUCGAGCGGGAAAAGUCAAAUUGUUGGAUACAAAGAGAACCAACUUUAGCGUACUAGUUGCGAGGUUCGCGAGGCUUUACGAUCUCCGAGACGCGAUGCGCAUAGAAACAGGGGAGAUGUAUCCAUUUUUGACUAAUUUUCAUCUUCGGCCUCAUAGUGUCUUCAUAUUAGCCAGUCCAGUCGUACAGAUCGACGCUCCUCUAUAGCUCCAGUCAUUUCUGAAAUGACUAGAUGCGUUGCAAACAACAAGACACACAGAUGAAGAUUGAUAAGUAGCAACAAAUCUAGUCACAGGAUUUACGAGCUCAGAAUGUAGUCUGUGCUACAAUCAAAUACUUCUAUUGAUUAUACUUGCUACUGCGCGUAUUGGUUCUUUUGCUUUUCGAUUCAAGGAUUCUUUGUUUUUCUACUUCAGUUUCAACACACUCCUCCUCUCUCUCUCGAACAAAUUAAGUACUUGAACAUCAGAUUGUGAUAUGGUUUUUAUUGAGAUCUGUACGAACGACGACUCAGUACUCGAGUAUUUGCUCUGUCUCUGCAUUCGCUUCAGAUAGCGCGCGUCUCUCGCGAAUAAUUUAGGGCCUGUUGCUGAAAAUUCAUUGUUGCGAAUUGAUCGGCGCUCCUUUAGAUUUCUCGAGAAAUGAGAACAAGGGCAGCAUGAAUAUCAAUGUUUCACGUCCUACGUAGGAUACUCGCGAAAAAAAUAUACGAUCGAAAGCGAUGGCUUUGACUUUGUAUCAAUUUGAUUUGCUUCUGAUAUUACAGGAUAGGUGCACAUGAAUUGUGUACCAAUACUCCUAACUGUAAUCCGCUUAAAAAUUUUCUUCUUGUGUAAAAGUCAAGAAGUUGCUUUUUGAUCUGGUGAAGUAAGUAUACAAGUUAUGUUAAAGCAAACCUAAGUAUUAAAAAUUUACCGGCAGCAGCUUUUUUUGUGCCUGACUAGUGUUUUUUUUCAAAACAUGCGUCAUGCCUAAAGAAAAUUAUACAAACAGUCUGUCGUUAGAUGUGGGCGCCAGAUAGUACAGGCUCAGACACCAACAUCAGACGAAGAGAACCGCAAGAAACUCGGAGAAACUCUGACAAGAAAAAAAAGUCAGCGUCAAGCUUGUGCUGUUUUUAUGGCUACAACUAGCACCCAAUCGAUGUCAGCUUCUGAACAUCUAUCGGGAAGGUGAAUUUUUUUUCUCGAACAUCAAACCAACUAAUACCAUUGCUUGGUUUCUCUUCAUGUGUAUGAGAACAGCAAAAUACCUUUCGUUGUAGAAGCGCGAGGGCAAGGCACAACCAAACUCAUCAAACCGCCACGUCAGAUCUGCUUUUGGUUGAUGUUGAGCCCUUAGGGUUUCUGAUAUUUUCCUAAAAACCUGGCUGUACUAAAACACAGCUACGAUCGCACUGCGCACACGACUGACGAGGAGCAGGGGCGACAUUUUAUCGAAGCUAUGGCUCGUGUCUGCUGUCGGUGUCGUGUAAGUUGUACAUAUAGUGACCACCCUCUCUACAUAUUUGCACCACUUGGAAAACGAAGAGCAGGCCUACUCAGCUAAAUAGACUAGAAGCCCUCGUAGUUGUUGCGACUGAUAUGCUUAGUUGUCGUAGCAGCUAUUCAGUAGUUGUUCCGCGGUGAUAUCAUUAUUUUAUCGCUCGUCUCGCUCCAAACAAAAGAGGCUCCAUACGUUCCUCUACGACGGUGGAAGUAACCCUCGACAAAGAUCACUUCGACGCAUGGAGGCAACUCUAACCAAGAACAGCAGCUUCCGAAAAAAAAACUACAGGGCUCGCGUUUCAAGCUGAGGCUCUUCAAUUGCAUUACGUUAGAGUUAGUCUGUUUCACCCCCUUUUAAUUCAGCGUGGGCCAAUUCGCCGAUGGAUAUUUAUCAAAUUGAUAUUACCUUCAUAGAUAUGAUGAUAGAAGCAUGGAUGUACUAAGAACUCAAUCUCUUUCUCAAAGUGCAAAGUAAAGUUUUCAUAGCGGCAAUUUCGGAAGAACUUCUAAAGAUGAACAAUUUGCGUUUCCCGUCUAAAGAUGAACAAAUUGUGCGUCAAGGGAUUUAACAAAUUGUUACACGACAAUUGAUUUCUACUUAUUAGAUGAGAACGACUGGAGUACUAGGAGGAGCCAUCCCCAACGGUAUGUAUCUUCUGCAGCCGCUGCUUCAUGGUCUCCUCUGUAAUUUUGAGUUCCUGAUUCUCUUCUGAUGUCUCUGGACGAAAAAGAAGAACAGCACAGCGACGAAAUUAUACGGAUGACAAAGAUACAGACCAGCCGAACCUACCGAGGUACUCGGGCACAGCGGCUUUUUCUUGCGAAGUCUACAUGAUCAGUCGUAGACUGCAUGGGACUUCCGAACCUGAUCAUUGUCAUGGAAGCGUUGAUAUAUCUUUCCAACCCAACAGCAUCGAGGGAGAUGAUGUGUGCUACUCCUACUUGCACUUGCGAUUGAUGUUCUCGCGUUUGCUGCUUGACAUGCUGAGGUUCACUGUUGACGCAGACGAGU